AUGCUUGAUACUUCGUAUGCUACCUACAAGGAAUGUGAUCUUAAAGAAUUGAGAGGUGGUAUCCUGGCCAUGAAUAUAUUUGCGGAAUUAAAUAAAAGACCCGUCAACAAUGUUAAGACGAUGUUGGUUAUAUUCGCGCUCUUAUUACUGUCCACGAGAGGACUCUCGGAUACACGCUUUACAAAAAUAGAGUGCGAAAUGCUUGAUACUUCGUAUGCUACCUACAAGGAAUGUGAUCUUAAAGAAUUGAGAGGUGGUAUCCUGGCCAUGAAUAUAUUUGCGGAAUUAAAUAAAAGACCCGUCAACAAUGUUAAGACGAUGUUGGUUAUAUUCGCGCUCUUAUUACUGUCCACGAGAGGACUCUCGGAUACACGCUUUACAAAAAUAGAGUGCGAAAUGCUUGAUACUUCGUAUGCUACCUACAAGGAAUGUGAUCUUAAAGAAUUGAGAGGUGGUAUCCUGGCCAUGAAUAUAUUUGCGGAAUUAAAUAAAAGACCCGUCAACAAUGUUAAGGUAAACCUUAGUCUCUGGCGCAAAUAUAAGGAAUAUCGUCCGUUUAUGUCCAACACGAUCUUCGAUUAUUGUAUGUUUAUGGCUAAAUCCGACAAAAAAUGA